GAGCCGUGCGCGCGCGCUCCCAAAUCUGACCUUUUUUUUUUUACAAGUGCAAAAUUACGAUCGCGGGCGCCGGUCAAAUUCAGUCGCCGCUGCGCCGCCGCGUUGUGCGCACGUACGCGAUUCGAAAGUCGAAUCGCUUUGACGUUUAAUUUUUUUUCCGUAAAAGUGGAAGUGCAAAGGUAUCACGAUUGAGGUGCUACGGGGUGAUGUGAACGCCAGCAUGGAGACGGUGUAUCACGCGUGGAACGUGGUGGACCACGCUCGGGUGGCGAGUGGCGCGGCCGAGCUGGCGAUAUUCACGGCUCUGCUGUACUGGUUCUUCACAUCGAGCCGCGUAGCCGAUAUGCUGGAGGUGGUGGGGGAGCGCGUGGGGGGGUGGUGUGGGCGCGACGGCUCGCUGCGGCAGGCGGUACGCGCGCGCCGCCGCGACGUGUACGCCAAGCUCGACGCCGACGCCGCUGUGCGCAACGCGACGCUGUACAGACUGAAGGAGGGGCCCGUGGUGCCGCCGCCGCAGCCCCACACCAGGCCCACUAUUGGGCUCGCCUGCCCACGCUGCGCGCCGCACUCCAGAGAAUCAUGGCAAGAAGCAGACGGACAAUCAGACACAGUAGCCAACAUAUUGGACAUCGGACGCCAGAGGUUCGCUGGUGGAGGAGUGGUGUCCAGACACCUGUGUGACCUAGCGCAGUGUCUGCAGCUGGAGACACACGACUAUAAGGAUGUGACGCCUGAGGUGGUAGCAGACGCGCGGUUCCAGAACGCCAUCGACGAGGAGGCUCGGCAGCUAGCGGACGGCGAGGGGGGGUACGCCGCAGCGCGCAGACGGGUGGAAGCCCGCGCCAUGGCCGUGCUGGCCAGCAUCAGCUCAGCUAUGAGCAAUAACGUGCUUAGGCUAGUGGCGUGGUUAACACACAAAGCGGUGCGUCGCGUAGCGGGCGCGGGGUGCGGCACGCGCGCAGCCGUGCGUCUCGCCGCGGCGCGCGCCGCCGGCCUGCCGCUGGUGUUCGUGCCAUUACACCGCUCGCACUUGGACUACAUCCUAGUGACGUUCACGCUGUACCUGACGGGCGUGAGGCCGCCGCUGGUCGCCGCCGGGGACAACAUGCGGAUACCGCUGUUCGGGUGGUUCCUGCGCGGCUGUGGCGCAUUCUUCAUCCGACGCGGCCAGGAGGGCUCCAACCACAACAGUGAUCACAUAUACAAGUCGGCACUUAGGGCGUACAUCCUAAACAGCCUGUCUGCGAACAACAACCUGGAGUUCUUCAUCGAGGGUGGACGCACCAGGACCGGGAAACCGCAGCUACCUAAAGCGGGCAUACUCUCAGUGAUCCUGGACGCGUACCUCGAAGGAACCAUAUCGGACGCCCUGCUGGUGCCAGUAACAGUUAACUACGACAAGCUAGUAGACGGGAGCUUCGUCAGAGAACAGCUCGGGGUGCCCAAGCGUAUGGAGACGUUCUGGUCAGCGCUGCGGGGGAUUUGGAGGACGUUGAACACUAAUCACGGUGGCAUACGAGUGGAUUUCAACCAGCCUGUAUCGCUAAAGGAGCUGGUAUCAUCGUUCGACAAGUACAGCCACAUCCUGCCCGCCGGCGCGGGGUCAGGCGAGGAGGUCAGCCUCGACCGGCGGUUGCUGUGCGCGCACAGCCGCAGCACAAUGUUCGGUGCUGGUGUCAGCGAGCGACAGCGCCUCAUGGUGGAAGCCAUCGGCCGCCAUCUUGUUUACGACGCGGCGCAGUCUACCGCGCUGAUGUGCACGAAUGUGACGGCGUACGUGCUCGCCGCGGAGAUGAGGGGGGGCGGGACCCUUGCCCGCCUGCAGAAGCUGGUGGCGGCGCGCGGGGCGCUGCUGCGGCGCGCCGGCCGCGACCUCGGCUACUGCGGCGACGUGCGCGCCGCCGUCACCCGCGCCUUGGACACAUUAGGGCGUGGCCUCGUGCGUCGCGGUCGCGUGGUCCGCGCGGCGAGCGGUGUGGGCGCGGCGAUAGAGCUGGCGUACUACGCCAACGCGGUGGUGGCGCAUUACGCACCGGCGGCUGUUGUAGCGACGGCCCUGGAGAGUCUCAUCCAAUCAUCCCCCGACUCAUCGGAGGUCAGCUACGACGAUCUCAUGGCGGCGUCGCUCCGGCUGGCCGAGAUAAUGAGCCACGAGUUCAUACUGUGCCCGCCGUGCCAGAGGAUAGAGGAUAAACUCGCUGAGGCCAUAGAUGAGUUGGUGGCGAGUGACGUCAUAGCGGAAGUAAAGCACACAGACGCACUAGAGGAGCAGCGGUGGUCGCGGCGCGUGGCGGCCGGGCUGGACGACGCGCCGCCGCCCGCCAUCCGCUACCGCCUGUGUCACACGCCCGCCGCCGCCGCAGAGAGACGGCGGCUGAUCCUGACUCUACGUCCGCUGCUGGAGGCGUAUGCGGCGGCGUGCAGGCACGUCGCGGACGCGCCGCAGAAGACCGUAGUCACCGCCACGCUCGACGACAUGUUGGACGACUUCGCUCACAACAGGAUGACGUACGGCGAGGCGAUAUCUACCGACGCGAUUCGCAACUGUCAUCGACUUCUUCGCCAAUGGGGUGUUAUAGACAUUAUAACUGAGGACAAACAGCGAGUUGUAAGACUACAGGAGCCAUACACCGACCCCACGCGGUUAUCCGAGAUAUGCGUCCACGUGUACCGAUAUAACAUGAGUACGCCACUGCUGGAUGAUGUGGCCACCUAGGCGCCCACUUGAGUAAUAUGACAAAUACGCCUCUGAUUGAUGAAUAUGGGCUUGUGUAAAUAUGACCCUGCUCGAAGAACGUGGGUUCGUGUUAGCCUUUUUGGCGAAUAACAUGAGCCUCUUAUCGAUUAUGUAAUUACGUUCCUGCUUAACGAGUGAUAUGGGCACCUAGCAGUCAAAUAUACCACUGCAUAAGGACUGAUGGACUAAGAGAGAUGUUACUCUGAUAAGUUUAACCAGUAUAAUAUAAAAACAUACAUAGAUGUCAAGAAAUGACUGUGACUCUAUAUCUAUAUAAUAAACAUGGGGGCGACCUUUACCCUGAAUAUGCCUCUGCUAGAGGCUGUCCAAUACAGGGUUGCCUACUAGUUAAAUAUGGAGUUAGUUUAGUGAAUAGUGACUUUACAAUUAUAGUAUAGACAAUGUGAAAAUGACUUGUGAAUGUAGCAGCUAAUAAGAACUACUUUAACAGUUUUUAUAGCGUUUUUUGUAAAAUAAAUAUAAAAUAUACUCUGUUUCAAUUCAUUUUAAUGUAAAGCAUAUGAGUGAAAUGAAAGUUUAGUCGCAAUUUUUUUAUUUGUAAUAUUUACAUCAAAAUUAAUUGACACCGAGUAUGAUAAUAUGAUAAAUAGUUUCAUAUUCCUAAUGUAGGUUUAUAAGUUAUUUUAGAAAAGACCUAUAAAAUCUGUAAAAAAUAGUCUUACAGUUAUGUAGCAUUUUGUAUCAUUAAUUUAAGAAUAUUAUAUUAAUAAAACCAAAAAUACAAGGAAACUUUAACCUACAAUAAAUAUGUACAUGACCUGCAUAGACCUAUGAUUACUUCUCUCUAUCACAAAAAAUCUUAGUUAUCUUGGGUAUUAUAAUGUGUAUUUGAUGAGUAAAUGAGAUAAGAACAGAUCAGUCAACUGCCUUUAAUUACAUUUUUUAUAAGCGGGCUAUACAAGUAGAACUUUAUUAUUGCUUAUUAUAAACCUAUCAUGGCUCCUCAACUUGAACUCAAGACUAGCAUUAUGAGACAGAUAUAAAAUGGUUUUUUUUUACUUAGAAAUCUGAUUAUAACUUUUGUUUACAAAAACCCCUUAUGGCUUAUGGAAAUAAGUAUGUUUACCAUGAUAUGCGAAAUAUUUUUGCUACAUUAAUAUAAAAUAGUUAAAAAGCCAGAAACAUACAAAAUAAUGUUAAGUGAUUAAUGUUAAAAUGGCUGAAAAGAAGUUGUAUGUAUGACUAGGUAUAUCGUAGCUU